UAAACCAUAACUCUCAUAGAAAACUUCAACCAAUAAAAUCUCGUCUCUAUAUAUUUCAUCGGCCACAGAUCGAGUUCGGUCCUUCUCGAAUUCGGCCUGUGGUUGCCAAUUCGAUCGAUCCAAUAAAGUUAGCUUACUCUUUUAGGUUAACUGCAGCUUGCUAGCUUUUAAGAGAUGGACAAGGUGAUGAGAUGUGCUGCCGACAAAGGAGUCGUGAUAUUCAGCAAGAGCUCAUGCUGCCUAUGCUACUCAGUCAGCAUUUUGUUCCAAGAGCUCGGGGUGAACCCACAGAUAUACGAGAUCGACCGGGAGCCAGACUGCAGGGAGAUCGAGCGAGCCUUGGUCAGGAUGGGGUGCACGGCCCCCAUACCGGCUGUGUUCAUAGGUGGCAAGCUGAUCGGGUCCACCAACGAGGUCAUGUCCCUUCACCUCAGCGGGGCACUGACACCGCUUCUCAGGCCCUACCAGCAAGCCCAGUCUUGAAGUAUAUACGUGUGGCUCUCUGUAGCUAGCUUUGCAGAGCUAGCUGAUGAAUAUUUAUCUUAAGUCAAGCCAGUUGAAAUAAAAGCGUUAGGGUUAAAUCUGCUUAAAUUGGAAGAAUUACUAGGCGGUAGUGAAGCCCUUCUAAAACCUAGCUAGCCAGUUAAUAUUAGUGUGCAUGUGUGUAGUGUUGAUCAUUUGUAUUAUAUUAUGUGCCUCUCUCUCCCCUAUAUUUCAUAGUUCCCAAUUAGGGUCUCAAUUAUGUUGUUGUGUCAUGUAUAUCGUUCAAGAAGAAUCAUGUGCGUAAUAUAUGUUUCUAGUGGUUAAUUCCUUCCCUUAA